AUGGAUUCCCAAGCCACAGGACACAAGCAGUUGCAGGGUCCAAAGCCUGCAUCUCUUAUGGUUAACAGAAACUCCUCAAAGAUCAAGAAGCAGCAGCACCUCUCACCCCUUAUAGUGCAUUUGAGGUCUCCCAAGGUCAUUCACGUGAAGCCUGAAGAAUUUAUGGGUCUCGUGCAGCAGCUAACUGGCAAACCCGUUUCAGCAUCCAGCAUGGAGAACGGAAGCACCGUUACUACUACCAUGGAUGAAAACUCGAUAGAGGAUUUUAUAGGUAGCGCAGGGCAUACUGCCAUUUCUGUUGAUUUCCAAGACUUGAUGCAGUUUCUACAUUUUGUAUGA